AUGCCUAAUUCAACUGUCCUUCCUACUUUUCUUCUCUUGGAUUUUUCUGACAACUGGGAGCAAAACGUUUUGUACUUCACUCUUUUUUUAGUGAUUUACUUGGCAGCCUUGACAGCAAAUUUUCUUAUCAUCUCAGCAGUUUCCCUUGAUCAACAGCUUCAUACCCCCAUGUACUUUUUCUUGGUGAAUUUAUCUGUUGUUGACCUUGGUUCCAUUUCUGUCACCAUCCCCAAUGCCAUGAUCAAUUCACUUUGGAACACCAGAGAGAUUUCAUUUUCUGGGUGUGUUGCACAAGUGUAUUCCUUGUUCUUCUUCUUGAUCUCAGAUUUGUUCUUGCUCACAGGCAUGGCGUAUGAUAGGUAUGUUGCCAUCUGUGACCCACUGCACUAUGAGACAGUGAUGGGCAGGAAAGCCUGCAUCCAGAUGGCAGCCAGUGCAUGGAUAGCUGGCCUUCUUUACUCGGCCUUACACACCGGUAGCACUUUUGCCAUCACCUUCUGCUCCAACAUCAUCAACCAGUUCUUCUGUGAAAUCCCACAACUGCUGAAAAUUUCCUGUGAUAAUUUAUACCUCAUUGAAGUUGGAGUUAUUGCUUUCAGUGCAUUUAUAGUCUUUACCUGUUUUGGUUUCAUAGUUGUUUCCUACGUGCAGAUUUUCAAGUCAGUGCUCAGAAUCCCUACUACUCAAGGACGAAAUAAGGCCUUCUCAACUUGCCUGCCACAUCUCAUUGUUGUCUCCUUAUUUAUAAGUACUGGUGCCAUUGCCUACUUGAAGCCUGUCUCAGGUGCACCUUCAGAUCUGGAUCUGGUGAUUUCUGUAUUAUAUUCUGUAGUACCUCCACUGAUGAAUCCAAUUAUUUAUACCAUGAGGAACAGGGACAUCAAAGUUGCACUUUGCAAAAUGUUUCAGUACAUUGUUUCUUACAGGAAAUAA